GUUUUUACAAGAACCCUCACGUUACAUUGUAUACUUUCGGUUCCCACGGGUGGAAAAAUACGUUACGACACACGUGUUUUUAUGACGGCUGCAGGGUACAGUCACAGGUUUGACCCGCCAAUGGCCCUGAUUUGCCUACGUUUACGUGUCGCGUUUAACGCUCACCCCACCUGUUGCCAACAGACAAGAGAUGAAAUGAGGUUUUACUCCUUUAAAUUUGGGUGUAUGCUGGCUUUGGUGUGUUCUGUAUUGGUCAUUUGGAUCAAAUUGAUUCCCAGUAACGGAGGUGCAGCAGCACUAUCAGACCUGCAGACUCUGUACCAGCAUUUGUCUGUGGCAGAAGAGUUGGGAGGGCAGGUCAGCAAGGAUCUCAACAGUAUCCUUGAUCAGUUGAGGAACAUGUCCAAAACUGCCAACAGCACGAAUAACACCACUAUCUCCACUGUCUUCAAUGAAACUCUAAAGCAGCCAACAGGGGAUUCAGACCAGCAGACAUUCCUCCAGCCAAAUAUUUACCUCUAUAUGCCUCACCUCAAAAAACAUCCAGACAGUCUUGUGCCUAACAUAGUGCUGGGACAGGGACGGCGUGGAGUAUCCAUAGUACUGGGCAUUCCUACAGUGAAGCGUGAAAAGCAGAGCUACCUGGUCAACACACUCAGCUCCUUGCUCUACAGCCUGACUCCCUCACAGCACCAAGAUCUCCUCAUCAUUGUUUUUGUUGCAGAGACGGAUUCAGAAUAUGUGGGUAGCAUAGCAGAGACCAUCAGACAGAAAUUUCCCAAGGAGGUGCAGUCUGGACUGCUGGAGGUGGUCUCCCCUUCACUGUAUUACUAUCCUGACUUCACAAACCUCAAAGAGACCUUUGGUGACUCAAAGGACAGAGUCAAAUGGCGAACAAAGCAGAAUCUGGACUUUAGCUUCCUCAUGCUUUAUGCUCAGGACAAAGGAACCUAUUAUGUUCAGUUAGAAGACGAUGUUGUUGCCAAGGCAAACUACUACAAUGACAUGAAGACCUUUGCCACCCAGGAAACUUCAAAGCCAUGGCUUUAUCUGGAGUUCUCCCAGCUUGGAUUUAUAGGCAAGAUGUUUCGUACUAGUGACGUCCCAAUGAUUGCUGAAUUCUUCCUGAUGUUCCACAGAGACAAACCUAUUGAUUGGUUGUUGGACCACAUUUUGUGGGUUAAGGUUUGCAACCCUGAGAAAGACACAAAACACUGUAACGAACAGAAAGCAUUGCUCAAGCAGAGGUACAAGCCCUCCCUCUUUCAACAUGUUGGCCUCCACUCGUCUUUGCCUGGUAAACUACAGCAUCUGAAGGAUAAGGACUUUGGGAAGCCGAAACUCUAUCAGGCUCACAAUAACCCAGCUGCAGAACUGAGCAGCAACCUGAAACAUUACCAGCAACACAGUCUGGAAAGAGCUUACAAAGGAGAGGACUUCUUCUGGGCAUUAACACCAGUUCAGGGUGACUUCAUCAUAUUUAACUUCCCUCGACCCAUUCACAUAUCCAGGUACCGGUUUUGCAAUGGAAAUAUUGAAAUCAGUGGAGAUAAAUUCUACAACACAACGGUGGAAGUGCUGCCCAGCAAUGUGUCAGCAAGAGACAAAAUAGUCACUGGCCUGUCCUAUCACUACAAAAAAUCUGAUAACGACUUUAUCAUUAUUGGUGCAUUCGAGAAUGGAGUAGCUGAAGGUGAGAUUGAAGAAACGCUGCAGCCAAUCUCUGCACUACGCCUGGUGGUUCAGUCUAAUUCUGAUGUCUGGGCUCUGCUGAGUGAGGUACUCAUUAAAGUUUAAAGACCACUGAGAAAAAGGAAGCCGCUUUUCUCACACCCACACACUCUGCCCAGCCCAGAGCUCUACCUGCUGGAAAAACACUGGAACUACAUGAUCUUCAUUCUUAACAAGGAUUGUGCCUGAAAUUAAAUUGUCUGAAUAUUAGUAUGAUCUGAGAGGAAGAGCAAUUAAUGUUUAGAAGACAAAGGUCUUUGUCUCAAGCCAGAAUGACAUCACUUACUUCUAGUUCUCACAGCAAUAAUAAAGAUGUUGACUAAUAACAUGUGAAAGGGAAUCCUUCCUUCUUGUGGACGAACCAAAUUGACCCUAUUGCUGGCUUAGACACUCCCUCAAAUGCUUCUCAUUGAGUAAUAUAUUGCACUUUAAAAUUAGAAGCAAAUAAAAAAAAUAUAUAUAUACGCAGUAUCGCAUUGUCUUUGGGAAACGUGUUUUGCAGAUUUGUACUUCAAGGACAUAUAAAUAGUCCAAAGUACAAGCAGUCAGAUCAACUAAACGGAUUGAUUUACGUUGUUGCAACGGUGAACAGAUCAAGGAAGUUAACAGAUCAGUUUAAAGAUCACCUUUGAAAUCCAAACACAAGGUAAAGUUCUAUGUUUCACCUACAAGCAUACACUUGCUUCAGGUAAUUUUAAUAAACUGAAAACUGUCUAUUUUCUUAAAAAAAAAAACAAUCAGUGUCUCAUGCUAGCUGAUAACUUCAUUGUGUUUUCUUAUACCUUUAAUAUUGAUGUUUUCCUGAAUAAAGAAAGUUAAAUUUAAA